GGUGGCGAUAGUAGUCAUUUCUCGUACUUGCCAACCAAGCUAUACAGUAGAAGAUGAGCAGAAACCUCUUGUCGUCUGAAACAGUAGCUCUUUGGUUUUCCUUAAGCGUCUAAACAUUGUGGAUUUGCGGAAUUAUUUAACCACAGAGCCCUCUGAAUUCAUCCAACAAGUGAUGACUUAGUUGACCUGACAAGCUCAAGCUCUUCUGUUUACCACAUAAAGGCAGCAUGGAGUCCUCAAGAUCUCCCAGAAGCUCAAAACAUCACCAUUCACGAUCAAGAUCACACUCCAGGGAUCGUAAACGUGACAGAAAACACAGACGAAGUCAAAGCAGGAGUAAAGAGGCACGAAGGAGGGACUUGGAGAAGCCACCAAAAUCACACAAACGAAUAGAGGAGCAGCAAGAGCAAGAGAGACUUUUAGCAGAGAAUGGAGAGGAGCGAUCCAGGCGUAAAGAUAGGAGACCCUCCAAGGGCAGGAGCUUGUCAAGGUCACACUCACGGGAGAGGCGGCAUCACAGUCGAAGCAGGGAGAAAAGACGUUCACGUAGCAGAGACAAAAAGAAAAAGGCACGGUCACGCUCAGGUUCGAGGGCCAAACGCCGUCAUCACAGCAGAAGCCGCAGCAAAAGCAGAGAGCGUAAGAAAAGGAUUGAAAAAGUACGACGAAAGAGUCGAAGUCGGACUGCAAGUCCACCUGUUUUCCGGGGCCGUAACACAGCUAUGGAUGCCCAGGAGGCUCUGGCCAGAAGACUGGAGAGAGCAAAGAAACUCCAGGAGCAGAAGGAGAAAGAAAUGUUUGAGAAACAACAGCAACAGGAGAUAGCUGCUGUUGCAGCCCCUAUUGCUGCUGCAGCUGCCACAAACCCUGCCCUCAAUGUUGCGGCCCUCUUGGCCUCUGGGACACAGGUGACACCUCAGAUUGCCAUGGCAGCACAAAUGGCAGCUCUCCAAGCAAAGACACUAGCAGAGACUGGUAUCGCUGUGCCCAGUUACUACAACCCAUCUGCGGUAAACCCCAUGAAAUUUGCCGAGCAGGAGAAAAAAAGAAAACUACUUUGGCAAGGAAAGAAAGAAGGGGACAAAUCCCAGACGGCUGAACUGUGGGAGAAACUAAACUUUGGAAACAAGGACCAAAAUGUUAAAUUUCGCAAAUUAAUGGGUAUCAAAGGAGAGGACGAUGAAGCUGAGGUUUCUAAACCACUGAAUGAUGAUGGGAUAAAAACACUUCAAAAGCAGGAGGAGAUGUUUAGGAACCUGGACGUUCAGUAUGAGAUGGCUCGUUCUCAGACUCACACCCAGAGGGGAAUGGGCCUCGGCUUCUCUUCCUCAUUCUCACGUGGAAUGGAUUCAGUUUAGUGCCAAAGCUUGAAUGUCAGAAUCAUGUGACAUAGGACAACCAGUUCAACACUAGUUCUGAAGCUUGCAUGAAUCUUGCUCUGACUCUGUAAUUUAUUUAUAGACACAUUUCACAUACUGGGACAUUGAUAAUCGCUGAGUUUAUCUCAGUGAUGAAUGAACUGUUUGUCUUCAAAAGGCACAAUGUCAGUGACUGAUGCUGUUUAGAUCUUGGUUUUAAAUGUUAUAGUUUUUUUUAACAAAUAUAUUAAUUUGUGUUUGAACAUAAACUGAUGUGGUUCAAGUGAACACUGUUUACAACCAUUUAGCAAAAUGUGUCUGAGGUCAAUGUCAUAACCAGAGUGCUGAAGUCAUUCUUCUGGCUGUGACUGCCACUGAUCAUAGAGUACCUGUUCAGGGAGUCAUUUGAACUAGGGAAAGUAAUUGCUUACAUCAAAUGUUUAAAUAAAUUAGUUUUGUGUUUAA